AACGAAAUCGAUAUCAUCCGACCGACCGACAAACACGACGACAAAGAAGCAGCACAUUCUACGGUCGCGUCCAAAUUGGCACUGCGUGCGAUGCGGCAACGUCGCAUUUGUCGGUCGCAUGCUUUCAGACGGAGACCAGUUUGUUUUCUGUCGCAUCGCACGCACGACGUCUACACAACGACAAUGAAUAAUUUCGCAGAGCUGUUGAUCCUCGAGGUGCAGAAGAGGCCCGUUUUAUGGAACAAAUGCAUCCAAAACUCAACAAACCGGUUAUUAGUGGAUAAGGAAUGGGAAAAUGUGGCAAUGCUAUUAAAAAGAGACAAGGAGGAAGUGAGGCUGAAAUGGCGCAACUUGAGGGACCAGUUCCGGAGAGAGUUGAAGAAGAUGAGGAAGCCCCGUUCUAACGAUCCUGGCGAUCCACCUAUCAGCAAUUACAGGGGGAAAUGGUUGUACUUUGAAAUGCUUUUGUUCCUGAAGGAUACCAUGAUGCAGAGAAAAACGGAGGACUGCUUCAACAAUAAUUUGGUAAACGCGGAGGAAACGGAGUGCAAGCCGCAAGAUAUUGUGAACGACGAAGAUUUAACAGUUACCGAGAAUUCGCCUUUAACGUUGAUGUCUCGCUGCUCCCCGGAUGUCAUUGACAUAGCUCGGCUGUCGUCGCGCAACGAGAAAUUUCGGACCGCCAGAAACGGUUUGGAACCACAAAAUUCAGAGAUGUUCGAGUCGCGAGUUCAGCGCUCGGGUUCGCGACACGGUUUCGAGAGAAGGAGGAAAAGGAAGGCGGUGAGGUUGUCGGACUUCGAGGAAAAUAUGCUGGAGCUAGAAAAUAGGAAACUUUCGAUGUUGAUCGAGAAGGGAUCGUCGGGGGAGAGGCACGAGUCAGAAAUCGACGAGGACGUGCAUUUCGCCAAAUCCCUGGUGCCAUUUCUCAGGAGAUUGAAUCCGUUGAGAAAGCUGGUCGUCAGGAACGAAAUUCAGAAUUUGCUGAUCAAAGAGUUGCUCGACGAGUCUUCAAUCUCGUCGAGUGUUUCGCAGACUUCCUUCACUACUCAUUGUAGUAACAAUAUAUAAUUGUUCGCGUGCUUUAUAAGAAUUUAGGAAUUAAAAUAUUUUCUUAAUGGGCAAUUCCUUUUCUUGCCACCGUUCAACUUCUCAAAAUUCUGAGGAGUAUGCUCGCUAAUAAAUCUUUCGCCUUCGAAUUGACAAGAUUUACGUCUGUGCUAUUGGAAUAAAAUUUAU